GAUCUUCCUGCUUGUUCUAUCACCCUCUCUCUCUCUCUCUCUCUCUCUGUUCUUCUUCUUCUUAAAAAAAAUAUAUAUAGUUUAGUUAUGGUAAUAGAAGGUUGUUGAUUGUUUCAACUGCACUGGAAAAUGAUGGUGGUUGGUGAUAUCUACAAGUUCCUUCAUGAGUUGAAACCUGUAUUAAUGAUGGUGUUGGUUCAGGCCAUCUCUGCUGGGGUCAGUGUUUUCUAUAAGCUUGCAACUGAGGAUGGGAUGAACAUGAGAAUCUUGGUUGCCUACAGAUACAUAUUCGCUACCAUUCUCUUAGCUCCCUUUGCUUUCUUCAUCGAAAGAAAUAAAAGACCAAAGUUAACAUGGAUGGUCGCCUUCCAAGCAUUUCUUUGUGGGUUAUUUGGGGGAACGUUGUCUCAGAAUCUGUAUGUGUCAAGCUUAACCUUAACAUCAAUGACAUUUGCCGCAGCCAUGGUAAACCUUAUUCCAGCCGUAACCUACAUCAUAGCUGUGAUUCUCAGGAUGGAGAGACUAGGGAUUCGGACGGUAGCAGGGAAAGCAAAGCUGGUGGGGACGGCGAUAGGUAUAGGAGGAGCAAUGGUACUGACAUUCUACAAAGGGCCUGAGGUCAAAAUUUGGUCAACGAAUAUUGACCUCACACGUGGACUUGGGUAUGGAGCAUCCAGGUCAGCAUCACACGUUGAUAAUAGCGCGUUGGGAUCAAUCCUAGCCCUUGGAUGCUGUUUGUGUUAUGCACUCUGGCUGAUUGUUCAGACUAAGAUGAGCGAGAGGUACCCAUGUCACUUAUCAAGCACGACUUUGAUGUGUUUGAUGGGGUCAAUACAGAGUGCAGGAUUCGCUAUGUGCGUUGAUUAUAAGUGGGCUGAGUGGAAGCUUGGAUGGAACAUCAGGCUUUUGUCUGUAGCUUAUACGGGAAUGCUAGCAACAGGGAUGAUGUAUGCGUUGAUAGCUUGGGGGGUAAGCGCAAAGGGCCCAUUGUUCGUAUCGAUUUUCAACCCUUUGAUGCUUUUGAUGGUGGCAAUCAUGGGCUCCCUGUUCCUCGCGGAGAGGCUACAUGUUGGAACCUUAGUAGGGGCAGUACUGAUAGUUGUGGGGUUGUAUGCGGUAUUGUGGGGGAAGAGGAAGGAGAUGAAGAUGAUGUCUCAGCUUUUGCCAUCUAAGGGCUGCAGUGAUUCAAGUGCAUCAAGGUGUUAGUCACUAUUAGUCUAUCUUCUUCACUCACUGAUACUGAUACCAACAGCAACAACUACAACCAUUACAUUGGCCUCUCAUCGGCUGCUUCUCAUAACUAAGUGGCCGAUGUAACCUUAGCAACAACAGCAACAACAGUGGUGAUGUCAUCACUGAUCAUGGAGCAUUGAUAGUCGUAUUAAGCAUCUGUAACUGAUAAAAAGGAAAGGAAAGUAUCACAAAGUAUAAAUAAACAAAGAAUAGGAAAGAAGAAGGAGAUUUAUUAGUUAGAGGUUAUGGUAUUUCUUGGGAAUGAUACAACCCAACUUAUUUGUAAAAGUACUACCAGGAUUGGAUCAUUGGCUCUGUAGUUUUGAU